GCUAUGGCGACAUGUUUCACAAUAUCUCUGAUGUUUCUGCUCAUGACUGCUGAUGUUGAUGGUCAGCAGGUUUGGGGAGUGAAUUAUAAUUCUUCGUAUGUUUGUGCAGUAAGAAGCUCAACAGUGAGAAUGUCCUGUAUUUAUCCUCCUGGUUAUGGGAUCACACCAUCAUACUGGACCAAAACAACACAUCAACCUUAUUCAGUGCCACCAAACCUGUGUUCUGACAGAUAUCAGUGUCACACUAACAGCAUCACUUUAACACAUGUGACAGAAGCUGAUAAAGGCGUCUACUACUGCAUAUUUGCAAGAGAAUACAGUGGAGAAUUGAGAGGGACUCCUGGAGUUCAGCUUGAUGUCACAGACCUCCAGGUGGAGACACAACAGAGAGUGAAAGAGGGAGAUUCAGUCACUCUUACAUGUAAAACCACCUGCAGACUGACUGAAGAAACAACAUUCAUCUGGUACAGAAACACACAGACAUUAACUGAACACACAGUGAAUGAGUUUCAUCUGCAGUCAGUCAGUCGUCAUGAUUCAGGAGUCUAUAGAUGUGCUAUAAGAGGACAUGCACAUUUUGCGUCUUCUGAUGUUUAUCUCAGUGUAGAAUAUCUUCCUGAGAAAACCUCAGUGUCCAUCAGUUCUUCUGGUGUAAUAGUGGAGGGUGAUUCAGUGAAUCUGACCUGCAGCAGUGAAUCAAAUCCACCUGUUCACAUCUACAGCUGGUUUAAAGAGAAUCAAACAUCAUCUGUUGGAUCUGGACAGACGUUCAGCAUCACUAACAUUAAUUCUAGUCUCAGUGGAUGGUUUUACUGUGUGGCUCAGAAUAAACAUGGAUCUCAGAGAUCAGCUGCUGUAUCACUCACUAUAACAGGAGUUCAGGGUUCUGCUCUGUACGCAGUUUCUGGUAUUGUGGCAGGAUGUGGAGGAUUGUUCUUCAUCAUCAUCAUCUUCAUCAUCCUGUUUAUUAAGAAGAGGAGGACUGAUAGUAGAGCAGAACACAUGAAUCAAACACAGACGGCUGACUGGAGUGAUGAUACAUACACAGCUCUGAAUCCUGCGUCCAGAACAUCUGCAGACAUUUACUACACAAUCAGAUCGGAUCAGUGCAGGGCUGCUGAUGGCGUCUACACGACUCUUGAGCUUCAGUCCAGAUCUUCUGAAUAUGAUACAAUAGCAGUAAACACACAUUAAACUCUCUCUCGCUCUAACAGUGAGAGCUCU